GAGCAGGAAUUCCUGCACACAGGACUUGAGAAAUACACACCCACAUCCAGGUAUACACACAUGCACACACUCCAGGGAAAGGUUGACACCAUCAGUGUUAGUCACUGAAGGUAGUGAUGUGGCGGUGCGUGCCUGGAGACUGUUGUGCUGCUGGCUCUGAAACAUCCUAUUCUUCAAGCAGCCUGAGAACACAUCACAUGUUCAGAAAGACCUCAGAAGACUUGAGACAGCCAAACUGAAUACCAGUUACUGGAGAUCCAAGGCAGCAGAGGAAACAAAAAGUCGUUAUUCCUUGACUGCAUCAGUGGGCUUUGGCAAAAAAGGCGAAAAAAAACUACUGGUGCUUCCUAGGACAGUCGCUGUAUCUGCACAGGAGGCCAUGGCUAGCCCAGUGCGGGUCCACCCAGACACUGCCUUGCUCCAGCCAGCCCGCUCUGCCUCCAGUUUCUCUGAGAACUCUUUGGCUGUUCUGAAAACGGAAGAUGGGACAGUGGAGACUCUAGAGUUGGUGGACAAUAAGCCACGGCUGGACAGCACUGAUCAUGCCCUUCCGGGACUUUACCUGUCCUGUUUCGAUAUGCUGUUCACUGAGGAUGCCACCUGGCUGGUGAGGGUGGCGGACUCCUCUGCAUCAGCUGCUAGUGGACCUAAUCCAGAACCAUGUCCAGAGCCAGACCAGUGCCCUGUGAUUGAUAGUCCUGGGCUAGGGAGUGAGCCACUGUCCCCUGGCCUUGAAGACCAGGUGGAGGAGAGAUCUCUGGAGCAAGUGCAGAGCCUUGUGGUUGGAGAAGUGCUAAAGGACAUUGAGACAGCAUGCAAGCUCCUGAACAUCACACCAGAUCCAGUCGAGUGGAGUUGCGGAAAUGUUCAGAAGUGGCUGUUGUGGACAGAGCAUCUGUAUCGACUCCCUCAGGUGGGCAAAGCAUUUCAAGACCUGGAUGGGAAAGACUUGUGUGCCAUGACUGAGGAAGACUUUCGACAGCGUUGUCCACAGUGUGGUGACACACUCCAUGCUCAUCUAGAUAUAUGGAAAUCAGCUGCCUGGAUGAAAGAGAGAUGUUCAGUAGGCGAGAGCAGGAUCACAGAGAGAGAGGAGAUGUGGUCAGAAGCAGACUCGUCUUGUUCCGGUCAGCCCAUUCAUUUGUGGCAGUUCCUCAGAGAGCUCUUACUUAAACCACACAGCUAUGGACGGUGCAUCCGCUGGCUCAAUAAAGAGAAAGGUAUUUUCAAAAUUGAAGACUCUGCUCACGUAGCACGACUCUGGGGUCUGAGGAAAAACCGGCCAGCGAUGAACUACGACAAGCUUAGCCGCUCCAUCAGGCAGUACUACAAGAAGGGAAUCAUCCGCAAACCAGAUGUGUCUCAGAGACUGGUCUAUCAGUUUGUCCACCCAGUAUGAGUCCAACAGUCUGUUUGCUAUGCACUGACAAACUGCCUAAGAAUCAGAGUCUAUGCACUCUAGUACUUUUCUGUGUUUAAUUGUUUUGGUCUGGACUCUGUGUUAAUAUAAUUUCAUAAAUUGGCUUAAAUUAUGUUUUAUUCCAAGUGCCAAUCAAUGUGGUCACUUUUACAUGAAGACAUUUCAGGAUCUGUUUGUAAUUUCAAUAAAACAUUUUACAUCAGACAUUUCAUGAUUAUAUAGGUCACAUAAAAUGCCCGGCUAGUCGCAUUGUCUGCCUGUCUCAGUCUAGCUUAUUAGCAAACAUGUCAAAGUAAAUGAGUAAUAAUCUAGGAUCAGUUUUUGCCUUCAUACAAGUAUUAGGCACUUACUAAAUGUGGAAACAUGGAACUGUUUUUAGAUUUUCAUGGUUUGAAACAUGGAAAUUUGCUUUUAUUUCUGUAUAGUCUUUCUUUAGUUUGAACACUGACAUUCACCAAACACAUGUUCUUCUCUGACAGCUUUCAUAGUGCUAUGUCAAUGCUUGCAGUUUUUGUUUGAGCAAACCUCCACUCCCUGUGAGAAUGAGUGGCCAACUCAGGUACAUGUUUGGGUUUGGUCCUGGCCUCCGCCCAACUCAGCUCUUUUUUUUUUUAGGUCUAAUCACACAGCAAACUUAUUAACCCUCCCUAAAGGCAUCAACAGUAAAGAAAGUCUUCACCUCACUGAAGUCCCAUGAAUGGUCAUCCUCCAUUAGAAGCUCACCUUGUGCUCUCUCUGAUCAGCAGCAAAUGAUGAACUUGUUGGCUAAUGGCUAUUGUUAUUAGUAGUAUGUUCUCACAGAGAGUCUCAUAAAAAUGUUCUUUACGAGUUAAAAGUUAGGUAAGUGGUCAGGUAUUAAGGAACUGUUAUGUAUUACAUGUGUGUAUGUGGGGUUUUUUUUUCUUUUGUUCCUGUGCCUUUACUUUUUCCUCUGGAUUCUUUUUUUUUUUUUUUUUUUUUUUGCAGUGUCUGCCAUUGUUAAUAAUAUAAAGAUUUGUUAAUACAUUGACGUAAAACUUUCUGUUACUGAAAGACUCCAUCAUGUUUUUUAUUUAACUCCUUCCACAUUUGAUAUAAUCAAAAUAAAGUGGGAAACCUAGUGGGAAACUCUGAAAAGCUGCAGUGGAGGAGUAAUAAUAAAACCCAUGGUGACAAAUACACUACUGGUAGCUUCUCCUACCAAUAGCAAUUCUCCUAGCUUAUCUAAUUUUAAAAUGUUUAUCAGUUCAUCAUUUAUUGUUUGCUAUGGUUUUAAUGAUAUAAUGAUCGAUUUUAAACAGAAAAUAAAAGUUAUGUUCGUAUAGUAAGGAAUUAUACAUAAUGUUGCAAUUUAUAAUGUUUUAUAUGUCUUAAUUUUAUGGUAUAGCAGUUAUGAUGACAUAAGGUACAAAUCAAAUGUCACAAAUGUGAUGUAUUUCUAGAAUGUGUUACAUAGAAUUACAAUAUAAUUAUCGUGAAUGUUAGCCAUG